AUUUUCUGUCUUCUACAUAUACGUAACGUAUCAAAAAUUCCAAUAAAUAAAGAAUUCUGUGGCAAUACGUUUUCUGUCCAAAAUUUGUAAAAGAUUGAUUUUGACAACUUUUGACAUUUAAGCAUUACCAACAUAAACGUUUGGAAUAUUUUCAUUAAUCUGUCAAAAGGAGAGAUUGUGUUGUGGUGUAUUACGGCAUCAAAAUGUUCGCUAUAUCACGUUCCCUUGUUCGUUCACCCGCUUUACGCCAAGGCUUGCAAAUGAUGCAGCCAAAUUUCGCUCGUCAGGUGACAAUUAAGAUAAAACCGGCUACAUCUCUAAAGAAGGAGUCGUACGAUGAGAAAAAUACACGCCUUGGUCGUGAAAUGUCUCCACAUUUGACUAUCUACAAGCCACAAUUGACUUCAAUGCUGUCCAUUACUCAUCGCGGUACUGGUUUUGCACUUGGCAUUAUGGCUUGGGGAUUAGGAUUAGGCGCAUUGAUUUCGUCUCAUGAUGCAUGCCAUUACUUUACUAUGAUGGAAGGUUUGCAUUUGAGUGGUUUUACGCUUGGUACAGUAAAGGCUCUCAUUGCUUUCCCGUUUGCGUAUCACACUUGCAAUGGCGUGCGUCACUUGCUAUGGGACGGUGGACUUUUCCUGAAGCUUAGCGAGGUGUACACGACUGGUUAUGCAAUGCUUGGUGCUUCGACUCUUUUGACCAUUAUUUUGGCCAUUCUCUAAACUACAGUGUGUGGGUAUAAUUUUCCUCUCAACAUAUAAAGAUUGUCUAUUUUUAAUUUAUUUAAUACAACAAAUUUCGGAAAAUAUUGCAAACUAACAAUUGUAUAAAAUUUUGUUGUUGUGCAUAGUUUUUGUUAUGUAAUACUAUUAAAAGCAACAGACUUGAACGAAAAAUA